ACUCUCUCUCUCUCUCUCUCUCGUUCACAUUGAGAUACUAGGCUUUAGUGAGUAGCACUGUGAUGGUAUGUUGAGGUUUACACCGCGUGUGGCCGAAUACUUUGUCGUUAUGUUGUGAUUUCGCGUAACAUCGCUCUGAAGACGCCGUCUCUCGCACAGGAACCAUCAGCCGGCACCAAGCCGUAGUGAUGAAAGGUAAACAUGCAGGCCUACCGACUUCUUUCAGUGCGAUGGAACAUGGCGACGACGUCUCUGCGGAACGUCGUAGUUCGUCUAAAGGUCACCCGGCGGCUAGCGCACUGGCGCCUUUAUUUGCUCGCCGCCGCGACCAUCAGCGUCUGUCUAUGGCUGCGCUUGAUGCGGAUAAAUGACGUCACCAUCGUCGAUGACGACGACGUCGCGCUACGUGCGAGCGGCAGCUUCUACGUCGCAGAGCGGCGUGUAGUGUCGGCGAUCAACUGCAGCGCCCUCUUCGCCGGAAAGAAAUCGGAAAUCUCGAAGGCGCUGGAAUACGACAAAUCGCACAGCGAAGGGAGAGACUUCGAUGUCGUGAGAUACUUUGCAGGUCCACACGACUGCGACCGUUUCAGAAGCCGCCGUGGUUAUCCCAGCAGACCCUUGUCAGACGAAGAGAAUUUGUUCCCGCUCGCGUUUAGUAUAUUGCUGCUGUCGCAAGUGAACGAGGCAGAACGGCUAUUGCGUGCCAUAUACAUGCCACAAAACUCCUACUGCAUUCAUGUCGACAAGAAAGCUUCCCCGGAUAUCCAGCAUGCUCUUAUGGCACUAGCUAGGUGUUUUGAUAAUGUAUUCGUUACUGCAGAGCAGUUGGAUAUCAUAUAUGGAACUAUAACUCUAGUCACAGCAGAGCUAAACUGCAUGCGUGACCUUCUUCACUUCAACAAAGAUUGGAAGUACUUUAUCAACCUUGCGAGUGAGGAAUUUCCGCUGAAAACCAAUAGAGAAUUAGUCAAAAUUCUCAAGCUUUACGAUGGUUUGAACGAGAUACAACAGGUAAACCACGUGCACAUCGCGAAGCACACCAAAUACAAGCACGCGCUGCUCCCGUGUGAUCGCGAUACCGAGUCGCCGUCAGCUGUGUGCAUGACAAAGACCGAUCAGUUGAAAUCGGCGCCUCCGCAUGACCUUGUGAUUUUUAAGGGCAGCCGCUACGGAGCAUUUAGUCGGCGAUUUUCUGACUUUGUCGUCCACAGUGCGGUGUCUGCGGCUUACGUGGAGUGGCUGCAAGACACGCUCAUACCUGACGAGCUGUUCUGGGGCACGCUCAACAGAAAUCAACACAUUUAUCCGCCAGGCGGCUCCACAGGUGACAGAUACAUCAACAACUCUCCUAUUCGUGCUGUUAUUUGGGAAUACGAAUCGAAAGGCGUUAAGUGUGGCGGCAAGUUCGUGAGAGAAGUCUGUGUAUUUGGGUACGCCGAUUUACCGAUCUUAUACAUGACACCGUAUUUCUUUGCCAACAAAUUUUACAAAAACUUUCAGCGUUUGGCAUUGGAUUGCUUAGAGGAGCUGCACGUUAAUAGAACGUUACAUCUCGAGCCAAUUGACACGGAGUAUUAUCUACGGAAUCUGCCAAAAUAACCGAGAGAGGGUGUCUCAGCCGCGCCCUAAAUGCCCAUCACCAGGAACAUGCAUGAAUGAAAUAAUAGUUAUUGUAACGUAAUACUUGUUGUAAAAAAUCGAUGUCGAACUCUGUGUUAGUAUUGUACAAUCAGUGUAUCAAUAACAUUAAUAACAUAAAUUUAUAACAUCAUGAUUAUCCAAUGUUUCGCGUGUAUGCGCACGUUUAUCUUUCUUAUCCCAUUCUCUGUUCUUCUCUCCCCUCUCUCAUUCUCUCCAUCUUCAUUCUUUCUUAUUUACUCACAAUCGCCGCUGUAGGAGGCGAAACGACGUGUAUAACAUAUUCACUUAGUAUAGAUUCUUAAAUUUCAAAAGAAAAAUCACAACUUAAACAAUGGCA